GUUGCUGUGCUCCUUACUUAGCACUUCUUUGGAAGCAAACUUCUGUUAAUGGAGCUGCAAUUGAUUAAAAAUAAAACCUCAAAGUUGCAAGAAGAAAACAAAAAUCUUACAGUCUAGAAAAUAGUGUUUUGGUUUUGUGAGGUUAUUUUAUUACUUAGCAUUAUGAGGCACACUGGGUAUCUCUCUUCAUUACCUUUCAGAAGGUGCAUUUUUAGUUUUCUCUGUUUCAUUGCUUUUAUGCACUUGGGGGAAAGGAUCGUCUUAGAAUUGUGAGUCGUACGUUUCCCUUCCUCAGAAAAGCUGGAGAAUUUUACAGGGCAGGUUAAAGUAUUCAGGGCCCUGUAUACGUUUGAGCCCAGAACACCAGAUGAACUGUACUUUGAAGAAGGAGAUAUCAUUUACAUCUCGGACAUGAGUGAUACAAAUUGGUGGAAAGGAACUUGCAAAGGGAGAACUGGGCUAAUCCCAAGCAACUAUGUGGCAGAGCAAGCUGAGUCUAUUGAUAAUCCACUGCAUGAAGCUGCCAAACGAGGCAAUCUGAGCUGGUUGAGAGAGUGUUUGGAUAAUCGAGUUGGUGUCAAUGGCUUAGACAAAGCUGGAAACACAGCUCUGUAUUGGGCGUGCCAUGGAGGCCAUAAAGAUGUAGUAGAUGUCCUGCUUACCCAGGCAAACCUAGAGUUAAACCAACAGAACAAAUUGGGAGACACAGCUUUGCAUGCUGCUGCAUGGAAAGGUUAUGCAGAUAUUGUAGAGAUGCUGCUGGAAAAGGGGGCAAGAACAGACUUGAAAAACAAUGAGAAGAAACUGGCUUUAGAUAUGGCAACAAAUGCAGCUUGUGCUUCCUUGCUUAAGAAGAAACAGAGUGCAGGUGCAGUCCGAACAUUGAGUAAUGCUGAGGAAUACCUUGAUGAUGAAGACUCCGAUUAGCUUUUUUAACUUAGUGUGUAAAACUAUAACUUGCAUUGUCUCUGUCAUUUUCAAAACAUAUCUUCACAACUGUAAAAAUAUCUCACUUAGAGUAUCGCAGUAUAGCAUAUAAAUGAGAGGGUGAAAUCAUGUUUUGCAAAGGAGUAAUCUUCAUAGCCAGAAGACGUCACAUUUUAAAUCAGAGUGCCUUUUUGGAAUUAUCACAGAGAAAAUGUGGCACACCUUUAUCACUGAAUGGGCAGAGGGCCGUCUUCUAAACUCACACGUUUCAUCUCAGGCCUUCCCAGCAAGUGCCUUGUAUCUCUGGAAUACUGAAAGCUCCUUGUGGGACAGCAGGACACCACUGCUAACAUUUCCCCAAAUCUCCCUGGGUAUGUGUUCCUUCAUGCAGCUAAUACUGACAGUUCGUAAUGGCUGGCAGGCAUAAAUGGAGAUGCUUCUGUAGAAAGGGGCCACUGUUUGCCUUCAUGGGGGACAGCAUUACAAGGUUUGAUUUCUAAUUUUGGUAAAAUUCUUUCGUUUCCCUCCUCUGGCCCUCUAAGUGAGGUGCAAAAUGACCUGAGACAAUCGGCCUCAGGAAUGCUUUGUCUUCUCUAUUACUGUGGGUAAAAUCCCUGAAAUGUUAAGCAUAUGAAAUGCUUGCUUAAGUCAGGUUUGCUUUAGAAAUUCACUUGGACUUUGUGGCUUGAUUAUUUUGCUUUUUAGAGUGUAUUAUGCUGAAACUAUUUGUAGUGAAAGUAAGACAAUAUUUUUCUAUUCUAUUUAUCUUGCCCAAUUUUUUUUAAUACUGAUCUCUUGCUUUUUUUUACUGAUCUCUUGCAAGUGCUCUUACGUCUUGUCCUAAAUUACUUCAAAGUUUAUGUUUGAAGUAAUGAGGGAAGAUGUGCACCAAAUAUACCGCAGGUAUCUUUACAAGAGAUUCCUGAAGCUGAGUGAACAUUUUUUAAAUGUAUUGCUGCUUCCUGUGAAUUAAAGAAAAAUAGAAAAUAAAUUUAGCCACUUUCAAACUUCUCUGCAGAAUUAAAAAAUAGUAUUUUCUUCAGAUUGCUCAAGUAGCUGUAGCCGAGUAUUGCACAUUACUUUCUUAUUUUGAUGGUAAGUAAAUGUUAUAAGUAUUUGAGAUACAAUCUCAUUUUCAAUUUUUUGUUGCUAACUUCUCUAAUAGAGAUUUCUAACAAAUUCAUUCUCACACAGCAGUGUGUGAUACUAAAGCAAAAAACCCCCCAAAAAAAACCUCAAAACAAAAAAAAGCAACCAAAACAAAAAAAAAUUAAAAAAGAAAAAAAUAUGAAAAAAGAGCUCUUGUAAAAGACUGGGGAUAAAUAAAAAACUCUUGUGAAAGUCUGGGGAUAAACAAAAAUCACACUAAGUAUCUAAGCAAUUUUAAAAAGUCUAGAGCACUCCUAAUUUCCUAUUUGAAAAAAGUACAUUGAGACAUAUUUUUAAUUUUUAUCAUCCUGGAAAGAACUAGUUGCCAGUAAAGCUUGUUAAGCUCUUAUCAAAGAAGGCAGUGUUUUGUUGACCAGAACUGUUUUAAGAAGGGGACAUUGCACAAGCAGUCAUCUACAGAUGUAAUUCUAAACUGUUUAAAUGUAAAAACCAUAGAACAAAAUGUUUUAGCCCUAUGCAAUACUGUGGUUAAAUGAACAGUGAUGUUUUAUUUUGUGUGAACUUGAAGGCUUUAGAGGGAAAGAAAUAAAAACCGAAGCAACCAAUUUUUUCUCUCUAGCUUUCAUUAGAACAGUUGUUGAACAUAACUCAUAAUAUUUAAGACAGUUCUGCUUCACAUUUAAUCAGCUAGCUCUUUUAGUAGCUCAGCCUUUUAUCAUAGUUAAACCACGUCUCCUGCUGCAUACUGUUGAUUAAAAUGAUGCCAUUUCAAAAUGCAAGCGUUAAAGUCCUGUAAUGAGAGGCAGGAAGGUUCAGGUAUCUGUUACAUGAGUCUUUUUCCUGCAUAAACAAAUCUCACAAGCUUAAAAUUCAGUGUCACAGGACAUGGCUCACUGUUUUUUACUGUUGAGCUUUGGAGGCAGAAUCUGUAUUCAUAAAUAACUCUUAAUGUCUUCUGCUGCCAUGGGUUCAGCAGCCUACAAGGAAGAUGUUAUGCUCAUGUCUGUGUAAUUAACAGCUGCCAGAAGACCCUGUGUUUUUCUGCAGACAGAUCUAAGUGCUGCACAGGAAUGGUGACAGAAGCACAAGUUGAGCCCAGGGAUUGCAUCCAAAGUUCUUGCUGGAGUGUCCUGAAGGAAGCACAUUUACAAUCACAAGGCACCUAGGGAGUGCUGUCAUUUGUUUCCAGGACAAAAAAUACUGCUUUUGGUUUUUUUCCUACAACUUUGUUUUUCUUUAUGAAGCUGUCUAUUAAUCUUGUGAAAUACAAAUCACUGUGAAAGCUUUCAGGCAAUAAAUUACUUUUUGUCUAA